GAAAUUGUCGGCAAGGUCAAGCGGGAAUCCGGCACGCAGCGCCCGGGGCAGGCCUCUGGGGACAACCGCGAGGUGCGCCAGCGCAAUGGCACGAUCGGCUGGAAGAUAGAACAAGGUGUGUCUGACGUGGGUGGCAUCGGCUUGCGUACCAGGCAGGGCCACCUGGUGAAGAACCAGGACUACUACGUGGUGUCUCUGCGCAGUGCACCACAGGCCUCGGGGGCGGCCCAAUUUCGGGGCGGCGGCUGGGGAGGGCUGGGUGUCAUGGCCGGGGUAUGGGACGCCGAGAAGGACGAGGCCUCGUCCGAGCAGAGCGAGCCGAGCAGUGGGACCAUGAGCGCGAGGAGUACGGGCCUCUCCGCCGACGAGAGGGACCACCCGGCAGAGGCCCGCGUCGGCCGCGGCCUCCUGAGAGACUGCGACGCGCGGGCGACGAGUUCGAAGGACCGGCGCACGGCGGUGUCGCCGUUCCGCUCACUGCCCGACCUGCACCCGCACGAGGUCGAGCUGCGCGUGGCCGUCACCGAUCUCUCGAGGGAGGUCGCUCCAGAGAAGUUCCGCUCGAAGACCAAGAGCGUCGGCGGCUUCGUCUUCGGACUGCUGGUGUUCCCCCAGGGGACGAAGAGCGCCCCAGAGCACGCGAGGAAGAAUCGCCCCGCGAGAGACGGAGACAAAGACAAAAACAAGGACAAGGACAAGGACAAGGACAGGGACAGGGACAGGGACAGGGACGACGAGAAGGGCAAGGACAGCGAAAGAGACGUGGACACGCUCGACGACAAGCAAGAGGACGACAAGGCUGGAGUGGUUGCCGUUGCCUCGAAGGGGAAGAAGGAGACCCGCUGGAUCUCUGCGUUCGUGGAGGCCCGCCCUUUCGAGGACUACCCACCGCACUGGUACUUCGAGGAUGUCCAGUUCCUCGUAUCCCUGAUCAACUUCCAGGACCUCAAGAAGUCGAUCGUGAAGCACGACAAGCACACGUUCUCCCCGGUGGAGUCGUCCGAUGGGAAGGCGAUCGACCGAGGCUGGCACGAUUUUGUCCAUUGCGACGAGGCCACGCUGCGGAAUAAUGGCUUCGUGGACCCGAAGGACGGCACCGUGUGCUUCCGCGCCUCGGUCUAUCUGGCAGGGGGCGCCAUGAAGGUGAGCCCGAAGACGAAGUCUCGGUACAUGAGCCUCAGCAAGAUCGAGCUGAGCGGGCCGUACGAGAAGGUGCCCAACUUCCUGAGCAGCCUGGUGCAGCUGUGGUACCACAUCGGCCACUUCCGGGGCGCCGUCUACGGCGCCAGCAGCGCCAUCGGCGCCUCGUCGGCGGCCGGCUCGGGGAGCAAGAAGACCUCGAACGUCCUGGGGGCGCUCCGCGAGGUCUUCGUGCGGCUGCAGGCGCGGAGCCCCCCGGCGUCGUGCUCCGCGCUGUGCUCCUCGUUCGGCCGCAGGACCUGGUCCCGCAUCUGCGAGGCCGAGCCGGACGCGUUCUGCAGGGAGGUCUUCCGCGCCGUGGAGGCCGAGCUCGUCGGCCCCGCGGACGGCAGGGGCGACGAGGCGAAGGGCCCCGCGGGCAAGAAGGACGCGAAGAAGGACAUGCCGAAGGCCAAGAGCGUCGCCAGGGCCGACAGCGCGUCGCAGGACAGCCGGGCCCUCUGGGAGUCGGUGCGGGACCUCUUCGAGUUCGAGGUCGAGUGGGCGGCGCAGGCCGUCGAGGGGGGGGAGUUCGGGGACAGCUCGGCCUUCCAGGGGCCGGUCUUCACGCUCGUGGUGCGCGGCUUCUCGAGCCUGGAGGCGACCCUCGACCACUACUUCACCCCGAAGAUCAUCGAGGACGGGUCCGGCGUCCGCGUGCGGACCAUGCGGAAGAUCCGGCGGCUGCCGCACGUGCUGCAGUGGCACCUGAAGCGCGGGGACUACGACUGCUGCACGGGCCUGUGCGGCCUGUCGGACACGUACCUGGGCUUCCCCCGGCAGAUCGACAUGGCGAAGUACUGCGAGGGGGCGGGCGUGUACAACCUCUACGGGGUCAUGGUGGAGUCCGACGAGCACUACUGGUCGUACAUCCGCCCGGAGAUGGAGGGCGACCAGGGCCAGUGGUACCGCUUCGACGACCGCGACAACGUCACCUGCGCGAUGUCGAACGCGACGGCCAUCGACGCCUCCUUCGGCGGCGAGGAGUGGCUGUGCGUGAACUACCUCUACGGCCCCUCCGGCGUGCUGACGCGGCCCAAGGGGUCCCGGGCGUGCCUGCUCGUGUACCUGCGCGAGGCCUCCAUGGACUUCCUGCUCCACGAGCCCCGGCUCCCGAAGAUGGCCCGCGAGUACCAGGCCGCGACGGCCCACCGCGAGCGCGAGCCGCCCACGAAGGCCGCCGAGAGCGAGGCGGCUGCCGCCGCGGCGCAGGCCCUCAUCGAGGAGGUCGAGGCCCAGGCCAUGAAGGAGGAGAAGAAGCGGAAGCAGAAACAGAAGAAGAAGCAGAAGGAUAUCGAGGGCGGCCAGGAGGGCUGGACUUGCUCAGGCAGUUGGGGGCAACCUGGGAUAAAUCUGCCCCAGCGACGGCAAAGCUGCGCGCACCAGCCUGGUGCGGCAGCGGAGGGGGAAGAGAAAACACCCAAGGGGAAGAUGGACGAGCUGAAGCAUCGCCAACUCGGGCGAGACAGUACCGUGAUGAGCGACUACUGGGAGGUUGCCCACAUCCUGGAGAUGCAGACCGAGCACCGCGCCGAGGCCCCGGAGUACAUCCGCAUGAGCGCCGCGUUCAAGGUAGACGAGGAUGCCUCGCUGGCUAUUGGAGACCAGUGCGCGAAUAUCAUGGGCACGAUCGAGAGGUUCUACUGCAUGGCCUACCAGAUUGAGCCAGGCGACAGGAGGGCAUUCACAGGAGGUGGACAAUGCUACAAGCUGGAGGAGACCGACAGCACAGAGAAGGGCGAGAGGAGUACGAUAUUCAAGGACAUGAGGGCAGACUGGUGGGCAAGGGUUGAGACCACCCUCAGCCGACGGGCGAAACUCAGGACGAGAGGCAGAGGGUUGAGGCAGCAGGAGGAGAUGGCGCGAGCAGGACGGCAACUGGCAUACACCAUGCCACCGCUGAAGGGUUCACCAUCCGCCACGGCGCAGCUGCACCACACCAUCUGGCAGCACAGGCUCAGGAAACUCGAGGAGAUCGAUAACGACGUCAUCCAGGGCAUGGCUGCACAGGCUGAGGAGGAGAGACAGGCCGGGACCAGAAGGGACUACAGGGAAAGCACAAGGAGCUUCUGCCAGUGGCUGGCAGACACCGAGGCCAAGCCAGGAGUCCUACAUCGCAUCACCAAGCCGCCUCUGCAAAGAGAGGAGGAGAUCGCCACAGAGAACCACACCACGGACAGCCCCUUGGAGAUAGUAGACGCCAAGAUGCGAGACUUCACCAAGGUUUGGCAGGACGACGGCAUCCCACACAGCAAGCACACGGAGCUGCUGAAGGCACUGAGGGAGCAGGCGCGGAACACGGAGGAACCUUUCUGGACGCUGGAGAACCUGGACAUGGCGCUGAAAGGGGGAGCCCGACCGCGGGCAAGGUGGCGCGCGGCAGAGACCAGAUUCAGACAGGUGGGCAGCAAGCCCAUGAAGUUGAAGAUCGGCAGGUGCCCAGACAUACGGGCACAGGCCAGGAGAGCGUGGCCCAAGGUGUACUUCAGGCUGCCCAACACGGAGGUGAAGAAGCGAUGGCAGCAGAGGGAACCGCACGACAUCCACGAGAAGACUGCAGGCCUGGCGGAGCGAGCCCGAGAUGAAGCAGGCGCGAAUCCGAUCUUCUGGCUGAGGGGGUUGAAACCAUCCACAUGGACUUCACCACCGACAUGCAGUGCAGAGGAGGGGCUCGAGGUGAACCUGGGGCUGGCGACAGGGCGCGCGCAGCCCGACCUGCAGGCGGAGGGGGGCAAGGAGCUCACAGCCUGCGGAGACGGCUCAGGGGGCGAGUACAGCAACGACGACGGGCACCGUAGGUGCGGCAGGAGCUGGACCAUCCUGGACACCGAGGGCAAGCUCAAGGGCUUCGAGCUGAAGGCAGGGCAGUCCGGAGCGCUGCCAGGGGCGAGACAAACCAACAAUCGGGCCGAUCUGUUCGCGCUGAUCAAGUGCAUGGAGGAGACCAGAGGGCCCAUCACCUUCUGGACCGACAGCGAGGGCACCUUCCUGGACUGGAACGCGGAGCGCGACACCAAGAAGGAGCUCACAUGUCCCAGCGCCGACCUAUGGUGCUGCAACGAGGCGAUCAGGCAGAGCACCAACAGCCUCGAGACAGUCAAGACAUGGCUGCAGGAAGGCUGCAAGGGGCCGCUACCAGAGACAGGCAGAGGGGUCGUCUACGACGGGAUCCAGGCCCACGAGGCACACGAGCUACGAUGGCUGGAACGAGAACGGAGAUGGUAUUGCAGAAGGUACGCGAGCUCGGUCACAGAGUACGUCAGCGAUAGACUACAGCAGGAGUGCGAGGGGUCGCCAAGCUGUAACUCGAUGAAGUACAGACUGAAGGCCUGGGAGACGCUCGCGGACUUGGACCACUGGAGGCGAGAAGAUGCAGUUCCACCAGACCUUGGCCAGCCUGGCCAUAAGCCAAACCAGCCUGGCUUGAGCAACAAGGAGCCCAGCGACGACCAGAACGACACUGGCCUGGGGCAGCUCGGAAAUUCCGAGGAGACGAUGGACGCAGAGACUCCUGAGCGCGGCGAGAGGACCAGGGAGGCCAGAGGAGGCGGGGGCAGGGGCCAGCCUGGCCCAGCCGCCGUGCCAGCCUGA